GGAAGAUACUCGGUCGAUCAAAUAGUCGAUUUGCCCGAGGCUUCGUUGGAAUUGCAUAUCUUCAGCUUCCUCAGAGCAAUAAGCUUCGAUGAACGUCCCGUGUAGUUGCAGGAGCAGAUGAGGGCGCAACUCCAUUACCAUUUCCAAGUCGGUGCUACGGAGCGAAGAAACAUCGUGAUCAUCUACAAUUUUGGAAGGAUACUCAUACUAUUACUACAUAGCAGUUUAUACAAAAUAAAGAAAAUCCCAGCGGGAAUCAACGCAAAAAACGACGUCCAUAUGAGCCUGAGCAUGUGGUCCUCGUCUGCAAGAAGUAUAUCGUCUACCUGCGACUUGCUGUAUCUCCUACUGGGUCUGCCUUUCCUCAUCCCCCGCUUUGCCCUCGUACAGCCAAUUGCCGCGGCCUCGGUCGUCUUCCUAGGUCCGGCCGUAGUGGAAAACGCGCUUGCCAGUGCUGGUUUAGGCACAGCUGUUGUCGGAAGAGGAAACAUUCGGCGGCGCCCGCAAGAACAUCCAGCGCCGAUUCCGAAAAGUGCGGGUCGUCGUGUGGCAAGUGCAGCAGAGCGGAGCGACAGCAGCGACUCUGGUCGGGGCCCUCAACAGCCAUCAUCUUCGUCAGCAGGAGCGCUUUCUUCAUCGUCCACCAGCGACCGCGAAACAGGAAGGUCGGAAGUAGGGCAACAUGCCUCCGAAACUGCGGCAACAAGCAGAGCUCGUCAACAGCCUAGGGAACAAGAAGCUCCUGAAGGGGAGCUGCUAGUACAUCUUCGUCACCCGCAAGAGCAGGAACAAAUCUCGCACAAUGUCGCUGUAAACGUAACACAACUCGGGGGAGUGUGUCUUGGCUGCAGCACCAGAGUGCUGAUUCCCGUGCCAACGACGAAUUCCGAUAGUGCUGCAAGAGCGACAUCAGGCGCUGGCUCGUCUCAGGCUGCAGCUUCCUCAGCUGCUGCACAAGUAGGAGCACGACACGAAGGAGAUGACCGUUCUGGGAACAGACUGUCCACGCCUGGACCCGAUUCGGGUAGAAGUUCUUCUGUCGCGCAUGGUGCACAAGUAGAUAAUUCUCCUCCAUACCAGUAUACAAACCUUAUUCUCAAUGACCCACCAAGAGCACGGGAUCCAGAUCGACAGCUGCGCAUUCGAAUAUGCCCGCCAGAGCAGCGAGGAGGAGAUCAGCGCAACUCUUCUACAGUGGUGGCUUCAACAUCAUCGUCGUCACUUCCUCUCAACGGCUUCAGAAGUGCAACCUCUCGGGCGGGGGCGACACCUCCGACUAGCACUAGACAAAAUGAUCAACGACCACAAAUAAAUGCUGUUGAUAGAGGACAAACAACUCCGCAGGGGCCGGCCAGCACAAGCCGGUUCCAGCGAGGGUAUUUUGUCACCACCGCGUCGGUAUCCUCUGCAAAAGUAUCGUACUCGGAGUAGUCGAAAUUAUGCAUCACAAAUUUUUUGUGUCAAGUUAAAUCCCCCUUACAAAUUCAAUUUGUGAUGCUGAGUCAAUCUGUAUUGCGAUUUGUACUUCUAGUGCGAUGCUUUUGCACUGCAUAGUCGGAACUUCUAGAGUUCUUCGGCGCGGCAAUUGGACCCGGGCCUGUGCAUGAGGGGGCGGCUUUUCUGCGACGGGCGAGUGAAGUUUUAGAUUCCGGCUUGGACGAAGAGGUACAACAUCAAGCAGGAGGGGUGCGAAGAACUACACGGGCAGCAGCUGCUGCACCACUGGUGCGAACUCCUGGUGUUCCGAGGCCAGCAACAGAACUCACAGCUCCUGAGCAGCACGCGGAACAGCGAUCAAGCAGCGUGGAAGGAGGGGCUCGCAGGGCCGCUUUAGGAACACCUCCACCUGUAGAAGUUCUUGCGGAUACACGACAAGCCAUCGCACACCAAACACGUCUGCACACUAUUUCUUCUUCAAGCGGCCACGCGGCUCCUGUAACGAGCCGGCGCUACCACGUCGUGCGGGGUACGAGUACUAGUACAUACUAUCAACGGGAUGAACAAGAUGUAGCAGACGAGGAAGUAGAGCGUAUACGUGACACAGGCCAGCAACAAGAAGGUUAUUGCCCACACUGUAGGAGCCGCCAACGGUUUAUUACACCGCCAACAGCAAGCCGCGCGGACGCGGAGGCGGACGAUGAUCCACUAUCUUCAUCAGACAGCCCUUAUUUCUACGGCGAUCUAGAGCUUUACGAAGAUUGGACCACAGGACCACCUGUGAGUGUGUCGAUCUAAGGAUGUAACCCAUUUUUUCUAUUCUGAAAAUCACUGACUGAUGUCCGUGCAGCCCAGCGUGCUGCUGUUGUAUUCUUCAAUUAUUCACACGAAUAAAGCGACGUGCACUUCUACAACUUUCAUCUAAAACAGCAUUUUCAGUCUGCAAAUCUACAAUGAGCGACCUAGUACAGCACCAAAAAGUUGUGGCCCCGAAGUCCCUAAGGACCUUGUCUGGAAUAGAAAUGCACAAAAAACUGCUUUGGUUUGAUACAGAUAGAACUACCGCAUUUUUUUGCCCGCGCUAUUGAUGAAAUGUAAAGAUCGUAAAUUAAUACUGAUUUACGAAAGCCACCAAAACCCCCACGCUUUCCCGAUAUCGAUAACGACAGCGGUUGAGAUGUACUAGUUCCUUUUCUCCCGCCAGUAUCCGUCUGUGCGUGUCGGUCUGAAGUCGAAUUUCCCAAAUCC